CGGAGCCGCCGGCGGAGGUCAGGGGGAGGCGGCCUGGCGUCCGAGGCGAGCGCCUGCGCCGAGCGGGAGCCGCGCCGAGCCCGAGCCGAGCCCCAGCGCUCGGCGGAGCCCGUGACCCGCGCCUGGCCCCGCGCCGCCGCGGCUGGCCCGGCAUGGCGGAGGAGUGCCGGGUGCUCUCCAUCCAGAGCCACGUCGUCCGCGGCUACGUGGGCAACCGGGCAGCCACGUUCCCGCUGCAGGUGCUGGGCUUUGAGAUCGACGCCGUGAACUCCGUCCAGUUUUCCAACCACACAGGCUACGCCCACUGGAAGGGUCAGGUGCUCAACUCAGAUGAGCUCCACGAGCUGUACGAAGGCCUGAAGCUGAACAGCGUGAACAAGUAUGACUACGUGCUCACAGGUUACACGAGAGACAAGUCGUUCCUGGGCAUGGUGGUGGACAUCGUGCAGGAGCUGAAGCAGCAGAACUCCAGCCUCGUGUACGUGUGUGAUCCCGUCAUGGGCGACAAGAGGAAUGGGGAAGGCUCAAUGUACGUCCCGGAUGACCUCCUUCCAGUGUACAGAGAAAAGGUCGUGCCGGUUGCAGACAUUAUAACUCCCAACCAGUUUGAGGCUGAGUUACUGAGCGGCCGGAAGAUCCACAGCCAGGAAGAAGCGUUGGCGGUGAUGGACAUGCUGCACGCCAUGGGCCCCGACACAGUGGUCAUCACCAGCUCCGACCUGCCUUCCCCUCGGGGCAGCGACUACCUGAUCGUGCUGGGCAGCCAGCGGACGCGGAGGCCUGACGGCUCCACGGGGACCGAACGCAUCCGGAUGGACAUUCAGAAGGUGGACGCCGUCUUUGUGGGCACUGGGGACCUCUUUGCUGCCAUGCUCCUGGCGUGGACACACAAGCACCCCAACAAUCUAAAGAUGGCCUGUGAGAAGACCGUGUCAGCCGUGCACCACGUCCUGCAGAGGACCAUGCAGUGUGCGACAGCCCAGGCUGAGGAAGGACUGAGGCCCAACCCAGCCCAGCUGGAGUUGAGGAUGGUCCAGAGCAAAAAGGACAUCGAGGACCCGGAAAUCGUCAUCCAGGCCACGGUGCUGUGAGCCCGGCGUGCGCGCCCACAACGCACAGCGUGUUGGUGUCUCCAUUCUUGUCCCCAUGAAAAAUGUAACGUCUGCCUUAGAGCUGUGACCGAAACUUGACAUUUCUUUGCUCAUGAGUGUCCAGCAUCCACUGGUCUCCAUUGU